AUGAAUCAAAGCAGCGAAGAAUGUAUGAAAAAGAUUAGCAGUGUGAAUCUUGACAAACUUAUAAAUGACUUCUCACAGAUAGAAAAGAAAAUGAUAGAAACCAGUGGAAAGAAUAAUAUACUGGAUAUGCAGUUGGAAAAAACUAACUAUUUGUUAAAAGUAAUGCAAACAAAGGAGGUCUCAAUUAAAGAAGAAUGUGCUACUCUUCAUAAUAUGAUAAAAGGGCUACAACAGACCAUUGAAUCUCAACAUGAUUUGAAAGGUGAAAAUGAACAACUAAAAAGAAAUGCUGAUCUUAUGAAAGAAAAGUUGAAAUCUCAUGAACAGGAAUAUAAGAAUAAUAUUGCCAAACUUAUGAGUGAAAUGAAAAUCAAAGAGGAGGGACAUAAGAUAGAAAUAAGGAAACUUCAUCAGGAUAUGCAGGAAAAAAUUGAGUCAAAUGAAGAAAAGCAUAAAGAACUAAUAGAGAAAAAGGACGUGGAAAUUUCAGAGUUAAAUGCAAAGUUAAGAACUCAAGAAAAGGAAAAACAAAGUGAAAUAAUCAAAUUACAGUUAGAGUUUGAUGCCAAACUAGCAAGAGUUCAAACUAAACCAAAAUCAUAUCCAGAUUCUACUGUUUUGCCACAGAGUAUCUACAGAAGGAAGCUUCAACAUCUGCAAGAAGAAAAAAACAAGGAGAUUUCAUUUCUUCGUAAUACCAUUCACGAUUUAGAGCAACGCCUCUCCCUUGGCAAAGAUCCUCCACUUAACCCUACUGGCAAAAGCUCUUACCUUAAGCGUAGACGGUUUUGA